CAGGCAGUAGGCACCGGCAAUCGUGCAUCUGUCUCGCCGUACCCUCUGUUUUCCGCUAGUCUCACAGUGUCGCUCGCCGUUCUAAGGUCCAUGCGAUUGUAACCUUGCUGUUUACCAAUCGUGUAUCACUUUCUCUCAAAUGGCAUCGAAUCUAAAUGUGGAUUGUGUGAACGGAGUGUGUCGAUUAUGUUUGGCAAAGGAGAAUCUCCUUUGGGUGUACGAUAAGCGGAUGACGAGCAUGAAGAACAUGAAAGAAGUUGUUUUCAUUACCACUGGUGUCGAGAUACUCAUGAAGGACAUGAUAUCCCAAAAAAUUUGCGAAAAAUGCCACCAGAUUUCCUUCAAAAUGUUCCAGUUCAGACAGCAAAGUCUGAAAAAUGACAAAUACCUAAAGGAACAAUUCAAGGGAAUGGUCGAGGCGUCGACCAGUAAAGAAAUACCAAAACCGAAAGUAUAUCCCGAAAAGCAAUUGGAAAAACCUCCUGCUCCUGUGAAAAAUGCGGCCAAAGAUGAACCAAAGCAAACAGUAGCUCCUAAAUCAGCAUACAAAAUUCAUCCUAGUAUCACUCAACUAUUCAAAGUGUAUCCACAAAUCAAAUUACCCACGGUUUGUUUGCAAAAGCAUAUAGAACCUUUUGUGUCAAUGGAGAUGGACGCCGUUGAGAAUUAUUUUAAGAAGAAUAAUUUGAAUUUCCAAAAAUGCACACAGCUAGCUCUGAGAUGGGAUAAAAAAAUUGCCAUGAAAAAGACCUCAACCAAGAAUCCCACACAAACCACCACCUCUGUCUCAACAAAAUCAAGUAACAUUAAAAGCAACAGUAAAACCAGUGCUCCUAGUGAUCCUCUUCAAGUAUCUUCCGAGCCAAUAGCAAGUACUUCAAGUUCUCGAACCACCAACGAGAAAGUUCAUCCUAUCAAUAUAAAGAGAAACCAAGGCAAAGAUAAAGCCAGCUAUAAAAUAGUCAACGUAUCGAAAAUAAUUGAUGAUAAAUCUGACAAAGAGAGUGUCAAAUCUUCUGAUGGAAGUAGAUCGAGUACUAGUAAGAAACGUUAUGGAAAGAGAAAGCUUUCGGACAGUGACUUUUCUUCAGAGCCUGAAAGUAAAAAAUCCACAAUCAUCGAGGCUGUUGGUUUAACGCCGAAGGCACCUGCAAACGAACCGGGAACUAUGUAUGUCGAAAAGUCAGUAGCGUUAUUCAUCUGCAGCAUUUGUAACUCAGUGCAGUAUUCCGAAAGGAGCCUGAAGAAACACCAAGAGAAACACCUCAGAUGCCAGUUUUGCAAAGCAAAGUUCAAAACAAUGGAUUCGAAGAAUCAGCACAUCCAAUCAUCUUGUAUAAUCAAGAAUAUGAUGAAUAAUUUACCUUCGAUUCUUCUAGAAAAGGUCGAGAAGAAUUUGCCGAUUAGAGAAGCAUAUGGAUCGGCUUUCGUGGAAUAUCCGCGAAUACCAGGACAAAAACAACUGAUAGCAGUUCCCGAAACACCUGAAGAAGAAGAAAAGAAGACUGUUACUUCUGAUGAUAAAUCUGACGUCAUCGAAAUUCUGUCGGACGAUGAGUCAUCCAAUGUCAAAGAAAAUGAAACGGGGGAAAAGACGCCGAAGAAUGAAAAUGACAAUGUGACUUCCACCACAGAUCGCAUUUCUUCUUCAGUGGCGUCCACUGCUUCCACAUCCACACCAGUACUUUCUACUGAAACUCCUAAACCUCACGUACCGACGAUCCAAGAAAUGGCCAUCUCAAGUUCAGUGGUGAAACCGGACAUAAAAAUCAAGAACAACAACUUCUUGGAAACCAUAGAUCCCAAACUUGGCGACAUAAAAGUCGUGAAGGAGCUCUUGGUCAAAUACAGAAAUAUAAAGCUAGAAGCAGAUAGCAGUACUCAAACGCAAUUACCAUCUAGCGCCUCUAUAACCGUAAACCACGGCGAUCUAACCACCGAAUUGAAGUUCCUGAAACAUUUGCUACUGGUGUAUAAGGUCCCAGUUGAAAUUAGGCAAGGCCCCUUCAAUGUCGAAUAUUCCUACCAGCAAGUUUCCAAGCCUCAGAAGAAACUUGAUUUGUGGAAUGAUUUGGUCCCUGUGGAUGUUAAAUGUCCCAGCAUUCUUCCAGCUUACAUGCCUUCCCCAGCUUACAUGCCUUCCCCAAACUUUAGACUAGUCGGUACAAUCAGGAAUACUGGGCCGAAUCAUUCGAAUCGCGAUAAGCACGUACUUAAUCAUCAAAUGUUUGUUAACGCCCCCAGCACCAACGGUCAAUCGUCUGUUCCGGCAAUUAAUCCGGAUGUUAGUGAUACCGUCAAGACUACUUCGAUCAUUCCACAAGCGUCAAGCUCGACUGUUCCGCAGAUCUCCCAGAAAUUUUCCAAUCCCAAUGUUACACAAUCUCUGGAAAAUUCUUCUAUCGGUUUUACGAAUGCCAAUAAGUCACAUCACAAUUACGCGCAAAGUAAUAAUGGGGUUCCUCAAUUCCAGCAGGUGCUCAAUAAUGCUGAUAAUAAUGGAGUUUCCCCAAAUAUUGCCACUACUAUUUCGACUAUAGUUUCGGAAUCUGUCAAUGUUCCGAUCGCUGGAACUAUCAGGGUCAAGAAUGUCUGGGAACUGAAGUGAUGUAGGAACGGCUGGACUGACGAUGAUGCUUUAAUUAGGGUACUACGAUUGUUUUUAUAUAUUCAUUAAGUUUUUCUAUUCGAAUUUUGCGUAUUAGUUACAUAUUCUGAAAUAUUAAAUUAUAAGUUCUGUCUUUAUUAUAUGAUUCAGUUGAACAUUU